AUGAAUGGCCAAGAAGCUUUCCGCCGCCUCACAAAACAACUCCGCACAGCUGGUGGUGGACCCCCAGGCGGCAAAGGUCUCUUUGCCGGUAGUGGGCUUCUUAUUGCACUCGUAGCAGGAGGCUUCGCGCUCAAUUCUGCUCUGUACAACGUGGAUGGUGGUCAUCGUGCCAUAAAAUACAGCAGAGUGCACGGAGUCAAGAAUGAAAUUUACAGUGAAGGAACUCAUCUGGUGAUUCCCUGGCUCGAAACACCCAUCAUUUUUGACAUUCGCGCGAAGCCCCGAAACAUUGCCAGUCUGACUGGCACAAAAGAUUUGCAAAUGGUCAACAUCACUUGCCGUGUUCUCUCUCGACCUGGGAUUUCAUCACUCCCUACCAUCUACCGCGAGCUCGGGAAAGAUUAUGACGAGCGGGUGCUUCCCUCGAUCGUUAACGAGGUCCUGAAAAGUGUCGUUGCACAGUUCAAUGCAAGCCAGCUUAUCACGCAGCGAGAGCACGUUUCGCGUCUCGUUCGUGAACAUCUGACCGAACGAGCAGCGAAGUUCAACCUCGUGCUCGACGACGUCUCAAUUACACAUGUAGCCUUCUCGCAAGAAUUCACGCAUGCCGUCGAAGCGAAGCAGGUUGCCCAACAGACCGCCCUUCGUGCUGCAUACCUCGUCGACCAAGCCAUCCAGGAGAAGCAGUCCAUUAUCAUUCGGGCACAGGGAGAGGCUAAGAGUGCUGAGCUUGUCGGAGAGUCGCUACGGAAGAACAAGGGUUUCCUCGAACUGCGUCGUCUGGAAGCUGCCCGUGACAUCGCGACCCUGCUUUCACAGUCUAAUAACAAAGUCAUGCUGGACUCGCAGAGUCUACUUCUCAAUGUGGCAGGCAAGGAUGCGCAAGAUCUCCUCAAAGUUCAACCCAAUACCUUGCACUUCUCGCUUUCUAUCGGCUUGAGCGUUCAGACGUUUAGGAACAAUCAUCGACUUUUUUUUUUGAAAGUCCUAGAAGGAGAUCCACUCUUUAACUAUUCCCGGCCUACUAGUUCAGAGUCGACCACGAUCUCUCUCCUUCCUACGAGGCCCUACAAGAUUUCCAGGCCGGCACUCGACUCUGAAUAUCAAGCUCUCUUGCCGUAUAUUCUAGCGGGUCUUGUCGACGCAAUGCCUCUGGACGGCCAUGACUAUCUUGUGAAUCAAGGGUGGAGCGGCAAAGGCACUGGCCUUCGCCAUGGGGCGAUCUCGCGACCGUUGGCUAUCCCACAGAAAAAAAACCUCGCAGGACUAGGGAAGGAUCGCGAUGAGGCCUUCCCAUUCUGGGAUCAUCUGUUCUCAGCAGCUGCGAAUUCCAUUAAGCUUAAAUGCCUAAGCGAUGAGGAAGACGAGGAAGAACAAUUGUCAAAUAAUGUCGAGAUCAAGCGCACUUCCACAGGCAUCUUCUCCACCCGACGGCCCCUUGAAGGCACGCCUGCGACUUCUGGCUCUUCCACACCGAAUCCCGACUCAGACCCUCAGACUCCACGUCUCAGCCUGCUUGCAACAGCGAAACGAGAUGCUGCAAAGCGAGGACUGUAUUCAAGGUUUUUCCGAGGCCCUAUUAUUGGCCCAGAAACUCUCGCAGCGGAAGAAAAACGACUAGCCUCGCUCGUCUCGGAUGCAUUCGCAAACAAAGGUCCAGAUGUAGAGCGUGUUACGGUGAGAGAGCAUAUCGAGAUCAAAACGGGCGAUGAGAGUGUCAUGGUCGAUCUUGAGGUAUCUCAAUCGUCGAAAUCUUUGAAGCGGAAACGAAAAUCCAAAGAGGAGGAAGUCGCUGCAGAGGUGGAGGAGAAUAAGGAGGCAAAGCGAGAUAGAAAACGAAGGAAAAAUAAAGAGAAGAAGACUGACGAAGAAGACGGAGCUUCCUCGAAAAAGGAUAGAAAGGGGAAGAAGAAAAGGGAAAACCGGAAGGACGCAUCUCUUUCCACUCCAUCCCCUGAGGAUGUCCCAACGUCAAGAAAACCAAAGAAAUUCCGCGACGCUCGCAUUCAAGAAGUGGCUGAGCCUCGUCCAUUGGCGACACAAAGCGAAGAAAGAUCGGAGCGCGAACGGAGAAAGAGGUUGAAGGAAGAAAAGAGGCGUCUGAAAGACAAUUUGAAUUUGGAGGUCGGAAAGGUCAAGCACAGUCAAGACUCUUCGUGCUCGAUCGUCUCAACCCCCUCAUCAACCGAUGGUCCAUCUCAGAAGCAGAUAAAAUCUUCUGAGGCUAUAGACGAGUUGGUCGAAAAUAGUGGCAAAAAGGAGAUGAAACGGAUGCAUCAUGACGACUGA